AUGGCACGACAAAACAAAAGAAGUCGUUAUGUCAUGGUAUCAUCUGAUUCAGAUGAAUCUGAAAAUGAGAAUCCACGAGCAAGAAAUCGAGAAAAUGCUCAUGUUGAAGGUGCUGAUAACGAUCGAUCAAAUUUAAAUAACACAUCUGCAUCGGAUUUGCUGGAUGAGCUCAACGGUUUGAUUCGAGAUGUUGAUGAAAAACGUCAACAGUCAUCAUCAUCAUCAUCAUCAUCAUCAUCAUCAUCAUCAUCAUCACCAUCACCAUCACCAUCACCAUCACCAUCACCAUCAUCUGAUUCAUCAGUACACGUAUUGAAUGAUGAAGCUGAAUCGGCAUCAACUACACCGAUGAGAUCUGUUCCUGGUGGAACAGUUAGUACGCAAAAAACGAUCGAACAAUAUUUUCCUCGAGAAAAUAGUAACUUCGAUGAAAUCGAUACUUUGAAUGAAGAUAGUUUGCGAUUUCGGAUACGUGGCAAAACUAUCUUCCGAAGUCCUAUUCGGCAAUUUGGAACAAGUGGUCGUGUGUUUGAUGCAAUCGUUUGCGACAGAAAUGCCGAAAUCAAAGUGGUUGUUUUCAAUGAUGAUGUCGAUCGAACGUAUCAUCUCAUGGAUUUGAAUCAAAAGGUGGUGAUUGAAAACGGACAGAUUAAAAAAACGGAUGAACGAUAUCGUACACAUUAUUCGAUUUACGAAAUUCGAGUGGCCGCAACUACUCGCAUCGAACGAUACGAAUCGAAUGGAUUCAAUCCAUUGUUCAAGAUAAUGGGAAAACCAAUUCGGGAUGUUCAACAACUGGCACAUAAUGCUUAUGUUGACGUUGAAGGAAAAAUUAUCUUGGAUCGAGGUACAUCGACAUCAACAUCUGAAAGUACCCGGACAGAAAUUCGCCGUCGUUCUCUUAAAAUCGAAGAUGAAACAGGUGCAAUCAAUAUCACAGUAUGGAAUCAAAAAAUCGAUGAAAUUCAAGAACAUGUCAUCAAUAAAACAGUUCGUGUACGAAAAGGCAAACUCAAUCAUUUUAAUGAUUCAGUCUCGAUCAACAUAUCGGAUUCAUCAAUCAUCGAAGUUGUUUGA